UUUUCCAGUUACCGUCAUUUCAAGAUUAAAGCUCCAGUUGGAACACCAUUGACAAUUCAAUGCGACGACAAUGCAUACGAUCCACACGUACUGGCGUGCUUUCUCCUAAGUGAGAUGCACAGUAUUCCACAGGAUCUGCGGAGAACAGUCCUCUAUAGCAAGUCGCAGAGGAAGUCUUAUACACUGAAAGAUGUUAAACCGUCAAAGAUUGGUAGGGUACAACACUUUCUAAAUGAAGCCCUUUGUAAAAUGUUCAAAAGCGGCCAAAUCACUCAAACGGAAGGGUAAGUUGAAGGCUUUACCCUAAUUUGCGACCUAUUUAUUAUACAAAGGGAAACCCCGUCCCUUUUUCUUUUUGAAUCUCACUAAGGUUUUCUCUCUUAAAAUAGAACUGUAAAUGGAGAGCCAUGUUUGUCAAUGGAACCUUCCUCUACCGAGAAAUUUGCUAAGAACAAGCAGGCCGGCAGUGAGGCAUACAUCCCCACCCUCCUCGUAUCUUCAGACCAACGAUUUACGCAA